GGUUCGUCUAUAUUCUUCGUCUACUUCGCACGAAAGAGAAAGAAGACACAGAGAGAGGUCAAGAAGAAGAAAAAGAUGGCUUUGCAAUGGUUGAUUCUGUCGUAUGUGGUGGCCGCAGAAGUUGUAAUCGCCGUCGUGUUGACUCUCCCAUACCCUAUGCUUGUGAAGAAACGUGUCGUAUCACUUGUCUCUCUUAUUCUCCAACCUGCUGCUUCCAUCGUCGCUUUCGCCGGAUUUCAGCUCCUCGAUAUUUACUGGAAGAGUGAGCAUAGACUUUCUUGUUCAUCUGAGGUAUGCACUGCUACAGAGCGGGAUCGCUACGAGAAAUCUAUCUACAAGGCUCAGAGGAAUGUGGUUCUGUGCGCUGCAGGAAUACUUCUCUACUGGUGCAUCUACCGUAUCUGCAAGUACAACAAGGACCUGGAGCGUUUGGAAGAAGCAGAGAAGAGAUACAAGGACGAGUAAUCCCCACGAGUAUAGAGAGUUACUUCCUCAAAACAACUAUAUAAGUAAAGCAAAUUUUUGCAUUUUUACUUUCGAAUAUUACUAAAUCUGAACCGAACUACGAGUAUCGUGAACAGCUUUGCAGACUAUACAGUCAGUGUUCAUUUUAUGAUCUUGGCGUUGUGGGGAUGUCAAAUUUUCUAAAUUUCAGUUUGCAAAAAAAAA